AUGGAUAUUCAAAGGAUCCCAACUCUAUUUCUCGCAUCAUUAUAUGGUGGAUAUGCUAUUUUGCAAGGAGUAAUUGGGCUUAUAGCUGUAUUGGGAUUCUCGAGACGAUCAUCCCUUAUUGCCAGAGUACUUGUCCGUACUUAUGUUGUAAUAAUAAUAUUAGGUGCCAUACGAGGAAGUUUGAUGGCUUGGUCAAUAUUCUAUGGCCAAGAACAUAUAAACUGGGAAUGUAAUAAUGGAGGCAAGAGAUGGAUUGAUCCUUCGACGAUUGAUCCGAAUGUACUGCAACCCGUUGAUACAAGAUUAAUGCCAUCAACGUUUUGUCAGGUCGGUUUACAAAGCGCCGCAG